AUGGAUCCAUCUCAGCAGAACUUCUCAUGUCUCACAUCUGAAUUCAAAGGUUUGAUGUUGUGUUUUUGCGCUAACACGAUCGCUAACGUGUGUCUCCAGGAAGCUGUUCAGCUCAACCCCAGAGACACUCCCGGCUCCGGGGACUCGGCUAAAAGUGGAUGUGCAGAUAACACCGUGGCCCCGUGGAGAAUACAGGGGACGUCCAGUGGGUCUAAAUAUAACGUCCACCGCCACGGCCAACACCCGCCACGGCCGACACCCGCCACGGCCGACACCCGCCACGGCCGACACCCGCCACGGCCGACACCACCGCCACGGCCGACACCACCGCCACGGCCGACCCCCGCCACGGCCGACACCACCGCCACGGCCGACACCACCGCCACGGCCGACACCACCGCCACGGCCGACACCCGCCACGGCCGACACCCGCCACGGCCAACACCCGCCACGGCCAACACCCGCCACGGCCGACACCCGCCACGGCCGACACCCGCCACGGCCGACACCACCGCCACGGCCGACACCCGCCACGGCCGACACCACCGCCACGGCCGACACCCGCCACGGCCGACACCACCGCCACGGCCGACACCACCGCCACGGCCGACACCCGCCACGGCCGACACCACCGCCACGGCCGACACCCGCCACGGCCGACACCACCGCCACGGCCGACACCACCGCCACGGCCGACACCCGCCACGGCCGACACCACCGCCACGGCCGACACCCGCCACGGCCGACACCACCGCCACGGCCGACACCCGCCACGGCCGACACCACCGCCACGGCCGACACCACCGCCACGCCGACACCACCGCCACGGCCGACACCACCGCCACGGCCGACACCACCGCCACGGCCGACACCACCGCCACGGCCGACACCACCGCCACGGCCGACACCACCGCCACGGCCGACACCACCGCCACGGCUCGCUGA